AGUCGCCGCGCCUUCGUAUGAGCCGUGUGUCGCUGUCGUCCUCCGCCCCCGCGCCCCGCAUUCGUUUUGCCCGCAUUCUAGUCGUGGGUGUCGCGCCGUGCAGUCCUCGCGUGUGCCGCUGAACUUAGUGCGCCUGUUGUGAGUGCUUUAGUUCCCGCUCAAGUGUCAGUGUGACGGAGAAAUCAGAUUUCUGCCACGGAGGAUGUUAACAGCGUACGGUACGUUGUCCUAAUGCUCCUCCAUCGAGUGCUGAGCAAACAUUUUUUUCAAGAAUAUUAACAGAUAGCUGUUGACGUCCGUAGAAGCAGCCAGCCGCCCGGCCACUGUCGUUCUCCCCCCGCUCCUCAAACCCUCUCCAAGAUUGCUGCCACCAUGGGUCGGAAGAAAAUACAAAUAUCACGGAUCACGGAUGAACGGAAUCGACAGGUGACUUUCAACAAACGUAAAUUCGGUGUGAUGAAGAAGGCGUACGAGCUGAGCGUCCUGUGCGAUUGUGAGAUUGCACUGAUCAUCUUCAGCUCCAACAACAAACUUUACCAAUAUGCUAGCACGGAUAUGGAUAAGGUGUUACUGAAAUACACGGAAUACAACGAACCGCACGAGUCCCUGACCAACCGCAACAUAAUCGAGGCACUAACAAAGAAAGAGCAUAAGAACGGAGUGAUGUCGCCUGACAGCCCAGAAGCAGAACCGGAAUAUAACCUGACACCACGGACCGAGGCAAAGUAUUCAAAGAUAGACGAGGAAUUCCAAAUGAUGAUGCAACGAAACCAAUUGAACGGCAGCAGAGUCGGAGUCGGCGUUACCGGGAGCAACUACAACUUACCUGUCAGCGUACCAGUCGGAAAUUAUGAACAGUCACUCUUGCAAGCUAGUCCACAAAUGCACUCCUCUAUCAGUCCACGGCCAUCGUCUUCAGAAACCGAUUCAGUUUACCCAAGCGGCGGAAUGCUAGAAAUGUCAAACGGUUACCCAGGAGCCGGCUCGCCACUCGGCGCGGGCUGUACACCUUCGCCCUCCCCCGGACCUUCCCCCUCACCACACCGACAUCCGCACAAGCCACACUCACACGCACCACCGCCGCACCAUUCGCCCCGUCACAACAACCUGCGCGUCGUUAUACCUAGCUCCAUGCCACCACCGCAAGACGAUAUAUCUUACACUGGAGAGCAUUGUCUGUUCCAGACACCACUAAGCUACUCAGGACUCGGCAACUUCGGCGGACCACAGGACUUCAGCCUGAGUUCGGACAUGGGCAUUGGACUGACGUGGGGCGCGCAUCAACUGCAGACUCUACAACACAACAGGUACAUAAGCAGCCUGCCAGUGCUAGGCGGAGGCACACCACCGCCCGCUGCAUCGCCUAGCAACGUGAAAAUUAAAGCUGAGCCCGUGUCACCCCCACGUGCGCCUGACCACAUGCAUCGUGCGCCCGCGCCACAGCCCGCGCAUCUGUCUGGAGGCAUUGAUGGAUCAGUCACGUCAAGUAACAUGGGCUCGCCGGCCGGGCAAGACAUGAGGCACGCCAACACCGUCCCACUAGACUACGAGCAGCCUCAUACAAAACGGCCGCGGAUCGAAGGUUGGGCCACAUAGCUAGGCUAUGAGGCCUUCGGUUCCUACCCGAGGCCCCUCCACCCGCACUGCUAAACGGCCCAGGCUAGGUCCAGGGCCACGCACCUCCAAGCCCAACAAACGUGGCUGCAAAUCCUCCAUCGAGCUUUCGGUACUAUACCGUCCUGGUCUACACAAAAUGCUCUUUUCCUCGUAAGGAUUAGACAAUCAAUCAAAGAACAAUUCGGAAGAUGUUUAAAUGGUGCGGUUAUAUUGAAAUAUACAUUUGUUAUUGGAAUCUUUGGAGUCAUCAGUCCUAUGGAAAAGGGCAGAUUAGUACUACGCUGUCUUCAAACCUUCGUUUCCUGUAGAUGUCGAUGUUGAUUAAUUGUUUAUAUUCACAACCCUUCUAUGAUACGUAAUUAUUAAUGUAAUGCACAUGCAAGUACACUAAAGAGUAAGGAUUAAUGUUUAAAUUAAGUACAACUAUGUGUUAUAGAUGCAACCCUGAUCAAUUUUAAACUUUAAACGUAUCUAGAUAGAAUUCAAUUUCCCUUGUAAAUAGCGACAUUAUAUGUGCAAUCCGUGCCAUUAUCUGUUUAGCUUAUAGUCAAUUAGUUAUAGUGGAAACAAAUUCUGAAGUUCGGUGCGUGAACUGUUACGAGCAGCCGGAGGGCGUGUUGUGCGCGACAAAGUGACCGCAGUAACGUGCGAGUGCGUUGAGAACUAAACUGACUGUUGACUUUGUGUUAGUGUUUUAAAGUUUUUUUGUGCCAUUUUAAAAUAUCAUUAGUGCGACAUCCGAACUUUGAAUCUUUGUAAAUUAAGUAAGCGUAGCGUCAUCACAGAAGAUAAUAAGUUAUGUAUUGGAAAAUGUACUUUAUCUAUUGACAUAUUUAUACAUGAGAAUCAUAAUGAUAUUUACAUAAUAUGUAUACACGUCCCGUUAGGAACGAAUGUUAUGUAAUGUAAGUAGGUAAAGUUAGGUAGAGAUGACUAUAUAAAGGUACCACACGAAGCUUUAAAAUUCUUAUGAUAACACUCGCACUCUAAGCAGUCUUGUAAGUAAACACGAUUCUAUUUAUACAAAUUUAGAACUCCUAUUAAAAUUUAGAAAUCAUCACUUGAAUAUUAAUUUGUCUAUGAAUUAAACUGAAAUAUAAAAAAAAUAUAUAAAAUCAAAUUUAUUUCUUUAUUUAGAAUGUGCGGGGGUGUCUAAUUUUCAGACCAAAAACCAAGUCAAUUUUGAAUAUCAUUGUAAAACAGUACUUCUAAAGUACCCAUGUUAGUGUUAUAUAUUAGUGGCUAUUAUUGGUUGCUAUUGAAAAAUGAAGCUUGUUGUUAGUAAAAAAAAAAUAUUUUGUUAAUGUGAUCUGAAGUGUUACAUUAAAAAUCGUAUUUUAAAUAGUCCUCGACACACACUACAUGUUAAUGAUGUUAGCUUUACUCAAACACAGAAAUAUAUUUAUCACUAAAUCAUACAUAUUUUCGUAAAGCACUAUUAAGUCACAAGCCACCCUAUUUUUAGAUCAUGUUAUAUAAACAUUAAAACAUAACGGAUUUCCUCAUUAUAAUAUCGUUGUUACCUAGAUAUCCAAAACGACCACGUAAUACUGUAAUUGUUCAAAUGUUUCGAAUUAUACUUUUAAAUCAUAAUCUAAUACUUGAAUUUGAAGAAAAUAUAUUUCUCAUUUGAAAUGUUUAAAAUCUCUUAAAUUCACGUAUUAGGUCCACCCUCAUAUCUCCUCACUGUAGUUGCCUUACUCACAGUGCCUAAAUGUACCAUAUUUUACCAAAUUUGUAUCGUACUAUACGUUUUGUGCAUCGAUUUUUUCACAUCCUAAUA